GCAGCGGACAGUGGUGGUUGAGAAGUGAGGUGGCGACGACUUACUGGCGCUCGGAGCCUGUAGCUACCCUGUAACUACGGCUAUAAUUAGUGUUAGUUGGAAUCUGGAACACUUCCUCGCCUGUGUAUCGUUCUGUGUUUCGUUUAAUAAAUGACACAAAGGUAUAUUGUAGCAGUGAGUUUUUUCUGGGCAGUCUAAGGCCUUGAUCUAGCCUGAACCAGGAGCAAUACAUAGCACUCCUCUCAGACUCACUGUAGCAGUAUUGCUUGGCCCGGCGUAGACCAGCAAUGGACAGUUUAUUGGGAUUUAUAGUGCCUCUAGACAAGCCUGAACCUUCUGUGUGUCGAAGGAAGUUCUCUUGCCAUACGUCUCACCGCCUCGUCCUGAACAUGAUGCAUACAUGAACCUGAGUCUUGAAGGACAAUGGAUCUUCCUCCUCAGUUGUUCCUGGAAUUCAUGUUCAUGGUGCUACACUUCCUAAGAUGGCAACUAAGUGCAGUAAAGUUAAACGGAUUCGAGUGAUAUUAAGUACAUACUGGUUGACAAGUGCACUCAGGCAGUGGGCACUGAGGAAGACCAGUCUCUGCGUUAAAUAUUUAUAUAUAGUGUCUAGCGUUGGUUGCGGUGACGUCUUCCGAUAAUAGCAUGAUAGGAAACAUUAUCUUGGGAUUCUUGCAGCAUCGAAGAUGGACGUAGUGUUAAUUUUUUAUUUUACCAACACCACAAUUGUGCCUAUGAGAACAGUUUAUGAUUUCAUGUCCAAGAAAAGAUCUGAACGAUGUUUUGGGAUUACAGCAGAUCAUAAUUUAAAUAUUUAUUCAACCAACUGAAGAAAUUCUAAUUCAACUCGCAUGGCCCUCAAAGGCACGACAAACGAAGGUUACAAACCUGACGCAUGUCACUCCAGAGUCCAGUCUGGCGACGAGUAUGCUUGGUACGACGCCGAGGCCGGACCUUGGGAUACUGCAAAUAGCGCGGGAAUCUUCGCGGGAGGAGGAUGGCGCCAGACGCUCGGCGCAACGUCGAGGCAGGACCCUGAGACUCUGUACAUGACGACCAUCUCGUCCUUCAGGGACGUCGCCGCUCAGACGGAUGAAGUCCCUCGUACCCUCAGUUCCUGGAAAAUCCUGAAGACGGAGACCUCCAGUGACAUGAGUACUUCGGUGUCCUCGGCUAUAUCAGACUACAUCAUCAUUGAGACUCGCUCCACGGGGUUCGACGCCUCGACGCAAACUCGAGACGCGCACUUAUUCCGGUACACCGAUGCCCAGGUGUCUGAUAUGGUGAUGGCGUGGAGGAUGCUGACCAUCUUCAUGCCCUGUACGUGGUACUUGAUCAUGUACGUGGUCGACCAGUUGACCACGGUGAUAGUGGCUGUGGAUUUCUGCUCUACGGGCCAGAAUUGGUGGUGUGGUCUGACGGUGUCAUUCCUCAUCCUUCCUAGCUUGAUUAUCAAUGCUUACGCCUACGAGCAACUGACCCGGCCAGACAUCGCCAGCGUGGCUCCUCUCAACAAAUGGCUAGCCAGGGUACUGUUCCUGGGCCAAGUCGCUCCCCACUACCUAAUCAGCCGGAAAGUGACUUGGUGUUUCCGUGCCUGGCGAGCCCAGAGCUGGCAGCAGAGGAAGCAGCUUCAUCGACAUCGGAAUCAACAGCAGCAGCAACAACAGCAGCAGCAGCAGCAACAACAGCAGCAGCAGCAACAGCAGCUUCAUGAUAAUGUACUGCAGCAGCAACAUCAGCAGCUUCAUCAAAAUGAACAACAGCAGCAACAACAACAGCAGCAGCAGGAACAGCAGCAGCAGCAGCAGCAGCAACAGCAGCAGCAGGAACAACAGCGGCCCUUAACGUUACGAAAGUCUCCCAAAGUGUUGUGGGAGCAAGCGAUGGCCGACACCGAACCAGCAACAGUGAAAUGGUUCCACUCCUUGCUGGAGUCGGUGCCUCAGCUCGGCAUUCAGUCCUACAUAAUGAUGGCAACACUGCAAUCGAGCACGCUAGGUUCGUGGCAAGCUGCCUUAGCAGCCAGUGUGGUGCUCAGUCUGACGUCUGCUUCAUCUGGUCUGGCGUCUGUGCUGAGCGACAGGGCGUGGGAACGCGUGGCAGCAUCCAUGGCUAUCUUCCUCACGCUGGGUUCCCGGGUGCUGGUGUGUGGCGGAGUGGGCACCAUCCACCCGGCCCUCUGGUUCGCCCCGGUAGCCUCCGCCACGCUGCUGGGCUUCGUCACCAAGAUCUCGGAGUCCAAGGAGGUCACCCUCGCCGCCAUCGUCACCAAGAUGCACAAAUACGCCUUCGAGGCCUUCGUGAUGGCGGCGGUGUGUCCGCCCUUCAACGCCGUGGGGCUGUUCGCCUCGGCUCCCUACGUGCUGGCUGGGCUCUGCUUCCUCCUCCUGGAGCCCGGAGAGUUUGUCAACAUUACUGUGUUCAUAUUUUCUAUCCUCGGCCAGAGUAUCUGGCUCGUUGUUGGCUUUUUCGUUACCAAUUGAUAUUUUGCUCUCAUCCGUUUUUAUGGCUUUAAAGCUAAAUCAAUGUUUUUUUUUGUAUUCCUGUUUGCUAUAUAUAAAUAAAACGUGUUCUUGUUAGCAAUUUAACCGUCUCGAACUCUUCGUAAAUACUAUUAAACUAUUUUUCAGCUAAAAAUUGGUUUUUAU